AGUCCAUUCACGCGACAUUUGCGACGACCAGAAAACCCAAGACUCCAGUCUAAUCACCCAGGUCUAGUCGCCAAAAUGCCUCAAGCUCAACCGGAACUCAAGAAGUAUAUGGAGAAACGGUUGUUUGUGCAACUGAAUGGAAAUCGCAAAGUGAUCGGAAUCCUCAGAGGUUAUGACGUUUUUAUGAACAUCGUCCUUGACGAAGCUAUUGAAGAGAAGCCGGACGGCGAGAAAGUGAGGAUAGGAAUGGCCGUCAUUCGAGGAAACUCGGUCGUUAUGCUCGAGGCCCUCGAACGUAUCAGCGAUUAGUUUCACUAUAAAAAGGCGUCGCCGAAAACCAGAGAUCUUUUUUCUUUCUUGUUAUGGGAACUUGACCUGGUGUUUAUUUCCUAUUUUCGUAUAUCAUAUCGGAGUUUUAAUGGAUGGCCGGCUUACACUGUCAAUUAUUCUUUUAUGAAUUUGUGUUGGGUUUGAUGAAUGAAAAUGGAGAACAAGUUAAGAUAAAAAUCAAUCGACUUUUGAAAUACCAUCUUCGAAUUUGUUUAGAGAUACGCUGGAUUGUUCUAUUCAGUAAGCUUAUGAAUAAAUCUUAUUACUGUAGGGCGACAAAAGUUUGAAUAUAGCACCGCAACAUUUAAAAUGGAUUGGAUAUAGGAGCCCUCCACAUAUUGAAACUAAUUGUACAUGCGUUUGAAUAUUUUGUAUUAUCUAUUACGGAUGGGAUCCUGGGAAGUAUUUUAAUCUGAGAUUAAUUAAAUAUAAAUAAAAACGUA